UCUUACCAGAGAAGACGCCAACGGAAGUAGGGUGGUAUGGAGAUGCCUCUACGUCAUAUGGGCUAGGAGUAAUCAUGGGCUCGUCUUGGGCGAUGUUCCGACUGAGAAGAGGUUGGCAAACCAAGUACCUGAAACAAAACCAACCAGAACGGAAGAUCGCCGAUAACACAACGAUAACCAAUUACCAAUGUGAUGUGAAAGAGGAAAGGGUAACAUCAGAAAAGAACCCAGCCGACGACCUGUCUAGAGGUGAUAACUCAAACGAAGACCUGAGGAAGCAAGUGCGCAUCGACCUCCCGCCAGACCUAGUCGGAUUGAUAGAACAGGUCUAGACGAGCUGAAAACCGGACCUGACGGUAUUAGAAGGGUUUCGGAGGAAAAAUUGGUAGAACACAUCGUAGGCGGAGGCUGGGUCGAAGAUACUAUGAAACUUUAUAAUUCAGGACUAAAGAAGUACAUAAAGUACAAUGAAAAAGAAGGAAGAAUGAGGAACCAAUGCUUGCCAGCAACAAAAGAAUUAAUUUAUGACUUUAUCCUAGGUGUGAGCGAGAGACGUAAUCCGGAGGAAACAUUCAGUGAAGCAGUCAAAUCAGAUACCGUUCGGAAGUACGUUGUAGGAUUGAAGGCAUGGCAUAAGCUACAUCAAUGCGAAUUCCCGGAGAUAGAUGAAGACUUCACAAAGUUGAUACUGAAAGCUAAAUCAGAUAGUAAGGGAAUUAGGAAAUGGAGGGAACAAGGCAG